AUGGAACUACAAUACCGACGACUGUCACAACGACAACAACAACAACCACAACUACAACGACGACAACGACAACAUCUACAACGACAACAACGACAGCAACUACGACGACAACAACAACGACAAGAACAACAACAACCACAACGACAACAACUACGACAACAACAUCCACGGCGACAACAACAACCGCGACAACAACAACCACGACAACUACAACAACAACGACAAAGACAACAACAACAACGACGACGGCAACAACUGCAACGACAAGUGCCAAAUGGAUGUUUUUAUGGUAAAGAUAAAGUUCAAUUAAUAAAUGGUGAAACACGUUCAAUUGAAUCUUUGAGAAUGGGUGAUCCUGUUUGGUCAAUUAGUCGAGAUGGAAAUUCAUUAGUUGAAGAUGAAGUUAUUAUGAUGAUGCAUAAUGAACCAAAUAUAUCGACUCUUUUUUAUACAUUUAAAACAAUCGAUGGACAUGAAGUUAGUCUUACAGAUCGACAUAAUAUUCCAAUAUUUGAUCAACAAGAUAAUAAAAUCAAAAUAAAACGUUCAUCAUUGGUAACACGUGAACAUUAUUUAAUUAUGUUGAAUAGAAAAAUUAAAAUUGCAAAUAUUACAUUGAAUAAUCGAAUUGGUUAUUAUUCUCCAUUAACUCUAACUGGUUAUUUACUUGUUAACAAUAUUUCAAUAUCAGUUUUUUCUGAUAGUUAUCAAGUGUCAUCGGAUACAGUACAAUUUGUAUUUCUUCCCAUUCGUCUUUAUUAUUGUUUAACUCGAUGGAUCUAUGGAAAUAAUUACCGUCCAUUUAAAGAAAUCAAAGAAGGCUUACAUCCAAUACCUCAAUUCUACAAAGAUUAUCAAGACAAAUUAAGAUUUUUAGUUAAAUCUCCAAAAUAUAUUUGUUCAACAAUUAUUACUAUGAUGCUUAUUAAGUUCAUACAAACACAUGCUCUUCUUAAAUAA